AGAGUCUCUAGCCACAUGGCAGUUUCAGAAGUUAAAUCAAAACUUAAGCUGAAACCCCUAAAAGUACCUGUCCUCCAAGCUAGGAGGGAAAAAUAUUUACCAGGAUCUCUUCCAUGCCGAUCACAGCACAAAGAAAAAAAGUUGAACUCUUCACAAAUGGAAGCCUUCCAUGAUGCCUACAACUUCUUCAACAAGGAUAAAACUGGCUGCAUUGAUUUACAUGGACUGAUGUGCACUUUAGCUAAGUUGGGAAUGAAUAUAAACAAGUAUGACAUCUAUGCCGAAUUAAAACUUGCUGAUCCUGAUCGAGAUGGGAAAGUGAACUUCUCAGACUUUAUGAAGGUGCUAACAGAUAAGGAACGCUUCCUCAAGGCUGUGGUUCCAAGUAAGAGGACAUGUUUAGAGCUGACUGCCACCCCAGGGAUCAUAUUAUUUGAAAUACUGUCAAAGCUUGUAGAGACUUCAGCCCUACCCAGAAAAGCUAUAAUGGAAAUAGUGAGCUAUUUCCGAAAAAAAUUCCAGGAUGCCAGUGCAGAAAUGUGGAAUCCCUAUGGAAAAGGGAGAUUUAAGCCAGAAAUAUACACAACUCCAAACUCAAGCACAGCUGCCUUUGCUAAUGCAGCCCGGGUUGCAAUAAUGAAAGAAAAGGAUUUAUUUAAAUUUCUUGAAGAACUCAAGAGAUGCAAUCUCCCUACAGAUAGCCCAUACUCAAAAGUACCCAUCUUCCCUUUGUUUCCUGAUGUGGAUGGGGUGGUGAUGGGAAAGCCACCAAGGGAUCUGCAGAAAUUAGAAAUGCUAAGGAGAAAGGAGCCUCUAUGUUUCUUUGAGGACUACUUUUUCCAUAAAAAAGACUGGAAAACACAGGCAGCACAUAUAAAGCCAGUGAGCUCUGCCUCACGCUAUCCAGAUGAAAUCCUUGCCAUCGACCAAUUAUUCAAGAAAAAGCAUAGUUGGACAGUGUCUGAUGCCGUUGCUAUUAAGCCGCAGGUGAAGACAGCUACAGACACCUAUCAUUUAGGAAUUGCUCUUGAACACCGGAAAGAAAUGCUAAAUCUCUGGCGGAAGAUCCGAGGGGAUCUGGUUGGAUUAGAAAGUGGAAAUGAGACCUUUUAUAACACCUUUUCUACUUACACUUGGUCCUGGAAUGUCUGCCAAGAACUACUUUCUGCUAAGGAUUUACGGUUACAUGAUGCCUACAUAAACAAAAAUCUCUCCUCCAACAGCUCCACAUUCUCUUCCUCAUCAGAUAUCAGCGAAGGUGACAUAGAGACUGGAAGAAAAAGAAAAAGGAAAGGUUUCAAAGGGUUUCGACAAUGAAAAUUCUACAUUUUUCUAAACAGCUCAUCAAAAACUACUUUUUCAUAAGUUAUCAAAAUUCUGAUUUCUUGCUUUUGUCUAGCACAUUCUUAGCAGAUGGAAUUUUGACAUCUUUUGAAUUCUGACCAGUAAAAAAACUUUACGUCAUAAAAUGAUUAUGCUGUCCUAAAUUUGUAUUAGCCAAGUAGAUAGAUAACAUCCUUGCUAAAAAUGCCAG